CUUGGUGUUUCUCUUUUGAUUUUAGCACCAAAAAUUCCAUUUCGAAAACAACCAAUAGAAAAAGAGGAAGACGACCUCCACCAUCAGAGGUCAACAGUCAACACCCGAUUCCUAAAUUUCAAUUCCAUUUUCCAGUCAGUGAUUUCAAGAAUAGAGCUUUUUGGGAGUAGCUAUAAUGGUGAAAUUCGAAUUGGGUUACUUUUUAUUUUUCAUUUUGAUAAUUGGAACUGCAAAUGGGGGAAUUGAAGGAGUAAUCAAAGUGAGUUACAAAUUUUCCGGGUCUGAACGGACUCUCACUGCCCUAAAAGCCCAUGAUGAGAAACGCCAUCUCAGACUUCUCGCCGGCGUCGACCUACCUAUCGGUGGCACCGGCCGUCCCGAUUCCGUCGGGCUUUACUAUGCCAAGAUUGGAAUCGGAACACCAUCAAAUGAUUAUUAUGUGCAAGUGGAUACCGGAAGCGACAUAAUGUGGGUUAACUGCAUCGGAUGUGAUCAAUGCCCCAGAAGAGGAUAUCAUGAUCUGGAGCUAGCAUUCUACAAUCGAAAGGAUUCUCUCUCUGGUAAAUUAGUUUCUUGUGGACACCAGUUCUGCAAGGAUGUAAAUAGAGGCUCGGUAUCAGGCUGCUAUGGUAACAACUCAUGUUAUUUUAAUGAAAAUUACGGAGAUGGAAGUUAUAGUAUGGGCUACUUUGUGGAGGACGUUGUUCAAUAUGAUCUGGUGUCUGGUGAUCUCCAAACUAACUCAACAAAUGGAACUGUAAUUUUUGGGUGUGGGGGUACACAGUCUGUAGAACUAAGGUCCUCAGAUGACGCUCUUGAUGGGGUUUUGGGGUUUGGGAAAUCGAAUUCAUCCAUGCUUUCCCAGCUGGCUUCAUCUGGAAAAGUGAAGAAAAUGUUUGCUCAUUGCUUGGAUGGUGUAAAUGGUGGUGGUAUAUUUGCCAUUGGGAACGUUGUCAAACCAAAAGUAACCAUGACAGCAUUAGUACCGAACCAGCAACACUACAAUGUCAAUAUGACAGCUGUUGAAGUCGGUUAUCAAUUUCUAAACCUUUCUGCUGAUGUAUUUACAAAUGGAGUGAACAAGGGUGUCAUUAUUGACAGUGGAACAACCUUGGCUUAUCUUCCUGAGGUGAUUUAUGGGCCACUAGUGAAAAAGAUACUCUCCUGGCAACCUGAUCUGAGAUUGCGUACAGUUAAUGAUGAGUAUACAUGCUUCGGAUACUCUGGAAGUGUUGAUGAUGGAUUCCCUCAAGUCAAUUUUCAUUUUGAAAAUUCUCUUACUUUAAGAGUUCGUCCACAUGAAUAUCUAUUCCCCUUCGAAGAUUUAUUUUGCAUUGGAUGGCAGAAUAGUGGUAGUCUUUCUCGUGACAAAUGGAACCUCACGGUUUUUGGAGAUUUGGUUCUCUCGAAUAAGCUAGUCUUGUAUGAUCUUGAAAAGCAGGCCAUUGGUUGGACCGAGUAUAACUGCUCAUCGAGCAUCGGAUUGAAGGAUGAAAUUACUGGUUCAGUACAUUUAGUAGGUGCUCAUUCUCUGUCAGAUGCUUCUAGUUUGACUGCUCAAAUGGCUCUAACCUUCUUGUUAUUAGUAACUCUGCUGCACUACUCUCUAUUUAACGGGCAAAGCUGACAUGAAUAUUAGCAUCCGGUACUUGAGACCCGGGUUAGGAAGCUUUUAUACUGAAAGGGAUUCUUCAAGUAUUGCCACAGCACAGCAAUUCACUGGAUUUCAAGUAGGAGUGUGCAUAUUUUACAUACAUGAUUGGCUGAUGAUAGGAAAACUAAGAUACUGAACUUGGGAAGGUGCCUUUUUGUUUGCUUUAUAGAACAAUUACUAGACCACUCCAUUUUUGCAUGAAGUCGGGUUGUAAAACGCAUGAUGUAAAUAGAUUUGUGUACAUAUUUUUAUUCUUACAAUAUCCGGGCAACUAUGUUGCGACUCUUCAAAAAAUAUCGGUAGUUGUGUAAUUUUGAGGAUUCAAGUAAUAUCACUUUUGUUCUUGUGUUGUCUUC